AUGACCACUCGAGUCAUCCUUGUUGGCAUCGGCGGUGCGAGCUGUUCGGGCAAGACUCUACUAGCGAAACAUCUCUGCCGUCUGCUCCCCGACGCCAUCUUGUUGCACCAGGACGACUUCUGCCCCCCAGAGAAGGACAUCCCCGUGCACCCCGAGCACGGCGUUCAGGACUGGGAUGAUCCGGAAACAUGUAUAGAUUGGCCUCGUCUGCGGGGUGCUUUGCAGCGUGUACGAGAGACGGGGCGAGUCGAGUACACUAGCAAUGACCACCUGAACAAACAGACCGAGGUGGGCGUCGACGCGACUGUGGCUGCCAAGUGGAGGGAACGUUUCGCCGAAACACGGGCCGUACAAUGGAUCCUGAUUGAUGGGUUCGUGCUAUACUGGGACCAAGCCGUCGCCGACACGCUCGACGUCAAGCUCUUGCUCUGCGUGCCCAAGGAGACGUUGCGGGCGCGCAGGGAUCAGCGGUCGUAUGCGCUACAGCACGCCGACGAUGCUGCUGCUGGCAUAGUAUGGGAAGACCCACCGGGGUACUUUGACAACAUUGUGUAUCCAGCAUACGUCAAGGCGCACGUCGGUGUGUUCAGAGGCGGCGACGUCGAGAACGGUGAUGCUCACCCCGGCUCUGGUGUGGUGCUGAUCCGCCCGCCACACGGCGAGGAGGGCAUGACUGCGGCGUUGGGUGAGGCAUGUGAGGCGUUGCUGGCCGCUGCCAUGGGCGGCGCAGGUGCAGUAGUGAACCAGCCACUGUAG